GGGAGGUCAGUCGGAAGCUUCGGAAGCUUCGGGCUGGAGGCGAGAGCGGGCCCCGGGGUCCGGGCAGUGGGCGCUGCGGGAGUCCUUCAAAAGUGGGGCCCCAGGACUCGGGCGCCUGGGAAUGGGCACCGAGAGUGAGAGCCCAGAACCGGACUGCCAGAAACAAUUCCAGGCCGCUGUCAGCGUCAUUCAGAACCUGCCCAAGAAUGGCUCAUACCGCCCCUCCUACGAGGAGAUGUUGCGAUUCUACAGCUACUACAAGCAGGCUACCAUGGGACCCUGCCUCGUGCCCCGGCCUGGUUUCUGGGACCCCAUUGGACGAUAUAAGUGGGACGCCUGGAACAGCCUUGGCAAGAUGAGCAGGGAGGAGGCCAUGUCCGCCUACAUCACUGAGAUGAAGCUGGUGGCACAGAAGGUGAUCGACACAGUGCCCCUGGGCGAGGUGGCAGAGGACAUGUUUGGUUACUUCGAGCCCCUGUACCAGGUGAUCCCUGACAUGCCGAGGCCCCCGGAGUCCUUCCUGAGAAGGGUCACAGGUUGGAAAGAGCAGGUACUGAAUGGAGACGCUGGGGCGGCCCCAGAGCCUCCCUGCCCCCCCAAAGAACCAGCACCCCCAAGCUCAGAGCCUCCGCCGGUCAGGGACCUGGACUCUGAGGUUUUCUGUGACUCCCUGGAGCAGUUGGAGCCUGCGCCGGUGUGGGCAGAGCAGCAGGGAGCCCCUGGACCAGCUCCUGAGGCCACAUACAGCUCCAGCCCUGACCGCCCCCCUGAGAAAGAGGGACUGGAGGGCGGCCUGCUGGGGCCCCAGGAAUUGGACGAGUGGCUGGUGGGAACAGUUCGAGCGCUGCAGGAGAGCAUGCGGGAUGUCCAGGGGAGACUGCAGAGCCUGGAGAGUAUGCCCCGCCCCCCAAGACAGCAGAAGCCCCCAUCCAGGUCCAGGCCUUGGCCCCUCAGUCUCUCUGGCCCCACGCUGCUCUUCUUCCUCCUGUGGCCCUUCAUCGUCCAGUGGCUCUUCCGACAGUUUCGGACUCAGAAGAGGUGACUGUCCACGGAGGGGUCUCUGCAGCCGAGGAGGAGGCCAUGAGCCUGCGGUGCCCUGAGCCUGUCUAGGGUUCAGAACAGCAUUCAACGACUCCCGUCCCCCCCUCCCCCAUAAGUGUUUGCCUAGGCACCCCUGCCCUACUGGGGGGCCGGAUAAGACCCCACCCUUUCCUGAAGUUUUACAUGGACGCUUCCGGCCUCCCCCCACCCGAGUCCCCCACGUUCCCUCUGAGGCUGCCAGGCAGUACUUGUCCGGGGUUCUGGGCGGCGGUGACUCCGGGCCGGCGGGCGGGGCUGCCGGGUCUCAGCCUCUGCCUUCCCCACCCUCUGGGUCACCUGACUCUUCUCCCACCCCAGCCUCUCCCCUCGGAGGCUCCGCUCUGGGCAAGUUAGGACUUGGGCCGCGCCUGGGCGUGUGAUUGGCUGGGGCAGCGGGAGCGGCCAGAGGCCCGCGGGUGGGGGAAGGAGGGGGGCAGGCCCCAAGGGGAGGGGCGGGAGCUGCGUUUCACCGCCCCCUCCCCCACUCAGGACGUCUGCACUGAAGAUUCGCUUACAAAUGAGUGUCUCAGUAAAUAAAAUAAAGCCUUAAUCU